AGGAAGGCGACGAGUGUGACCGGCGUCUAUAAAAAACAAAAAUGCCGUCGUGUGUGUACAGCAAAUGUACCAAUUAUGACUCUAAAGUGAAUAAGAGUCAAGGUAUCGGGUACCACGUGUUUCCCACUGAUGAGGUGAGGCUUCAAGAUUGGAUCGCAAUUGUAAGACAGCAAAGAAACCAAUCAGACUGGACGCCAUCGAAAAGCAGCAGAAUAUGUAGCGAUCAUUUUGAAGCUUGCGAUAAAUAUGUUACGAAUAAAGGUCGAACGCGGAUUAAAAAAGACGCCGUACCUUUUAUAGAGGUAAAUAGAAACGAAAGCAUUAUAAUUCCUAACUCUCCUACAAGUCUUGACAAUGUCAGCAUAUCUGAUAAGGGAGAUGAAUCUAAAACACCACUAAAUUGGGCGCUUAGAAAACGUGUGCGCGAUUUAGUAAUUGACAAAAAAGACCUACAGAAAAGAAAUAAAAUUCUGAAUCAAAAAAAUAAAAGACUAAAAAUAAAAGUUGCCAGAAUGAAACUAAUAUUAAAAGAAAUAAGGAGUAAAGUUAUAAUCUUAGUUAAGUAAUAUGUCAUCUUUUCCCGCCUAAAUAGCUACUACAAAUACAAAUGUAUAAGAACGACACACAUUUAUAAACUUUGCACACAACAUUGAAUAUAACAACAUAAAUACAUUUUCGAAUAGAACACAUCUGUACUUGGGCGGGGCGACUGUGUCCUGUAGGUGACUGUCAUUCGACGCACACAGAUACAAUUGGGGACAUCUAGGGAAUAUUAACCAGUUUUCAAUAAUAUCUGUUUUUUUUUUUUUACUUUGGUUAAAAAAUGAAAUUCUACAAUUAUAGAUGGUACUGGUGGUAGAGCUUUGUGCAAGCUCGUCUGGGUAGGUACCACCCACUCAUCAGAUAUUCUACCGCAAAACAGCAAUACUUGAUAUUGUUGUGUUCCGGUUUGAAGGGUGAGUGAGCCAGUGUAAUUACAGGCACAAGGGACAUAAAAUCUUAGUUCCCAAGGUUGGUGGCGCAUUGGCUAUAAGCGAUGGUUGACAUUUCUUAGAAUGCCAAUGUCUAAGGGCGUUUGGUGACCACUUACCAUCAGGUUGCCCAUAUGCUCGUCCACCUUCCUAUUCUAUAAAAAAAAAAAAAAUGUGCCUACGUAUUAUCUUUUAUUAAUGUAAGCAAAAAUCACUUAUAAUUUCGUAUAAACUGAAUCACGUCGGGGUCACCAAUUUGCCUUAAAUGUCUUGUGGAUGAUGUAAUGAAAGGCAAUUGAGUAUAGAUAUAUGUUUUGUAAUAUAAUUUACAAUAUUUAAUUGUUACGACGAUAUUACAGUGCGAUGUUAGAAUGGCGACUCUGCGACAGAACAUAUGAUAAUGUAUUAUUUGACAAUGUAGCAUAUCGAAUAUCGACUUGUUUCUAUGUGCCAUUAUGGACAGUGAUUUUUGCUUACAUUAAUAAAAGAUAAUACGUAGGCACAACAUACAUACAGUAUAAAUCUUAAAAACAUGAGAAAAUUAUUAAAUAAAACGUAAUUAAUACAAUAUUA